CUUUACAGAUCCAUCAUCCCAUUGGCACCUCCAGCAGCAGAUUAAAGUGCAGAGUAUGCUCACAGACAGCAUGGAACUGGAUACGGACGACUUUCUCCUGUCAAGUGACGGCGAAUCUACAUCUUACUUUAAUGAUGACGUGAAGGCAUUGACUCAAUCGUGGAUAAAUGAGCGAUGCGCUCCAGAGAUACUACCCUACCAGGAGCAUUUAGUCAAUAACUUGUUGGAAAUGCUGAAUGCACAGGCAGAAAACGUGGAAGCGCAAGAGCCCAAUACACCAGACGGUGCUUUUCUCCUGGUCAUAUAUCAGCAAGAAAUGGAGCGAAUAAAGUUCGUCAUAAGGAGCUACCUUAGAACGCGACUGGCAAAAAUACAAAAGUAUACCCUUCACUUUCUGCAAGAGGAAGAAUAUCGUGGAAGAUUAUCAACCGACGAAUUGGCUUUUGCAGAAAAAUUCCAGGAGCUUCUAGAGCGACAUUUUAUGAAGUCGUGCCUAGAAGAAUUACCUGCAUUUCUGCAACGGCUAGAUGACGAGAUUGGUGAUAUAAGCAUGGUGAACCGACCUGAGCUUGACGAUGCAGUCAUAUGUCGGGUUAAAGAGGAUAUCGGUGCAUUCCAAUUGGAUGAUAGCGAUGAGACGACUUUCAUGAAAGCAAAUAAUGUAUAUAUCUUACAAUACAAGGCGAUUAGACGACUGUUAGAAGAUAAUAAAGUAGAUCUUGUGUAGGAAUUAGAGGGAGGUGCUGAUUCUCGACUACGUGUUUCUUUUGUAUUCUUGGAAGGCAUGAAAUAGGAAUUGUAUAUAGUUGCGGUUUUGAACACGAUGGGUGGUUUCGGUCUGAGAAAAAAAAUACAGGACUAUCAUGAAAUGUAA